AUGUUUUCAUCCAGCACCGUGUCUACUUUGCUACGCCAGUGUACCAUUUCGUGGAGCAGCACCAUCGUACCGGUGCGAUCGAAAAACUAUCUCAACCGACCCCGACUCCGCAAUCCGGUGUGGUUUGUAAAGAAGACGCGCACGUUACACAAUGAACAAUUUACCGAGGAUAAUAAAGCCUUCCUGAGCGAGGUAAAGCGCGAAACGAUCCUCACUGCAGCCCAGCGCGGCCAGUCAACGUUGCUGAAGCUGGCGCACGGUGACGAAAGCUCCCCACCGGUCCAGUGGGCACCUGGCCUGAAGCGUACCGGCGUGAUAGCGAAAAAGAUUGGCCAAUACCCGCUGUGGACCAAGGAUGGACAGAAGAUACGUACCACGCUGCUGCAGAUCAUCGACAACGAGGUGGUGAAGUACAUCCCGCCGGAAGACUAUCGGCCGGCACAGGAACCACGCCAAAGCCGCAACUGGCGCAAAUCGUACGGAUGUUUGCUGGUCGGUGCAGAGCACGGUGAUCCCUCGCUGUUCACCAAAGAGUAUGCAGGGCUGUUCCGGGAUUCGGGCGUCCUGCCGAAGAAACAUCUCUGCCGGUUUAUCGUAUCGCCGGAGGCACAGCUACCGGCUGGUACCCCACUUACCGUUAGCCAUUUCCGCGUUGGCGAUUAUGUGGACGUGCGGGGCCAUACGGUUGACCGCGGGUUCCAGGGGGUGGUGAAGCGGCACGGCUUUAAGGGUAUGCCAAAGUCGCACGGUGUGACGAAAACGCAUCGCCGGCCGGGUAAUAUUGGAGCCGGUGGUAAUAAGGCACGUGUAUGGCCCGGCACCCGGCUACCAGGGCAUAUGGGCAACCGGUGGCGGGUGCUGCGUGGUUUGCGGAUUUUGCGCAUCAACCCACAGUACAACGUGAUGUGGGUGAUGGGUAGCAAUGUGGCCGGUAGUACGAACGGGAUCGUGUACAUUUACGAUACGAUACUGCCGCUGCGCAAGCACGGUUCCAAGGGUGGGCCGGCCGGGUCGCCACCGUUCCCAACUGCGCUGGAACCGUUGCCGGCAAACAGUGGCGAUGUUUGGCUGGAAGAGCUGCACGAUUUCCGUAAGCUUUCGAUCACGUACAGCAAUGCGGGCGGUGAAUAG